ACAAGUGCCUCAGAAUUCUUCCUCAUGGGACUCUCAGAGGAUCCAGACCUGCAGCCCUUUCUCUUUGUCCUGUUCUUGUCCAUGUACCUGGUCACCAUGUUGGGGAACCUGCUCAUCAUCCUGGCUGUCACCUCUGACUUCCACCUCCACAUCCCCAUGUACUUCUUCCUCUCCAUCCUGUCCUUGGCUGACAUGGGCUUCAUCUCCACCACUGUCCCCAAGAUGAUUAUGAACAUCCAAACUCAUAGCAGAGCCAUCUCCUAUGCAGGCUUCCUGACACAGAUGUCUACUUUCAUCCUUUUGGGAUGUACUCUUCUGACAGCAAUGGCCUAUGACAGGUUUGUGUCCAUCUGUCACACACUGCACUGCCCUGUCAUCAUGAACCCACCCCUCUGUUUCAUCUUAGUUUUGAUUCCUUUUUUGGUCAGCUUUUUGGACUCCAUGGUACACAAUUGGAUAAGCUAG